AUGAAGCAGGGAGAGCGAGACCGCGUUAAAGCCAAGAAGGCACAAACAGCAGUAGCAUUCACGGCCAAAAGGGAGCAUAAAAAGCAAAUUCGCAACACUGAAAAAAGUAUUCAAUUGCCUAAAAAGGUGAUCAAAAGGAUAAAGUCUUUUAAGUUUAAAACAGCGAAGAAGCGUCGUUCUGCUGCUGUACGUAGUCGUCCAGUCCCCCAAUGGCCCACCCCGAGAGACUCCAACAACAACAACCCGCCGCGGCAGAAUCUCAAUUAUUCCUACAGAUUUUUUACGCACAGAUCCUGCAAUAUGGGUUUACAGAAUCCCCCACCAGAGGAAUUUGUGAGAACAGCUUCUGUAUGGGGCUAUGCAACCUCAUUCUUGUAA